AUGCGACCACAAAUGAAUUGCUGUAUACCUCAAACUCUUAGUCUGAUCUUAACACUGGUGACAGCAAUACUUGGAAGCAAUAUUAGAAGUAAUGCAGGUACAUCAUUAGAAACACCAACAACUACAUCAUCUAUUACAAAUGAAGUUACAUCAUUAGAAACACACACAACGACGUCAUCUAUUACAAAAGAAGGUACAUCAUUGCAAACACCUACAACUACGUCUUCUGAAACAUCGACAGCGUCAUCUACUGUAACACUGACAACUGCAGAAUAUGUUCAACCUGUAACUGCUACAGGCAAUUCAUGUGUAACUUAUUCCAGUAAGUCUUCUGUUACAAAUGAAGGUACAUCAUUAGAAACACUCACUACUACGUCUUCUGUUACAAAUGAAGGUACAUCAUUAGAAACACCGACAACUACGUCUUCUGUUACAAAUGAAGGUACAGCAUUAGAAACACCGACAACUACGUCUUUUGUUACAAAUGAAGGUACAUCAUUAGAAACACCGACAACUACGUCUUCUGUUACAAAUGAAGUUACAUCAUUAGAAACACCGACAACUACGUCUUCUGUUACAAAUGAAGGUAUAUCAUUAGAAACACCGACAACUACGUCUUCUAUUACACAUGAAGUUACAUCAUUAGUAACACCGACAACUACGUCUUCUGUUACAAAUGAAGGUACAUCAUUAGUAACACCGACAACUACGUCUUCUGUUACAAAUGAAGGCACAUCAUUAGAAACACCGACAACUACGUCUUCUGUUACAAAUGAAGUUACAUCAUUAGAAACACCGACAACUACGUCUUCUAUUACACAUGAAGUUACAUCAUUAGAAACACCUACAACUACGUCUUCUGUUACAAAUGAAGGUACAGCAUUAGAAACACCGACAACUACGUCUUCUAUUACACAUGAAGUUACAUCAUUAGAAACACCGACAACUACGUCUUCUGUUACAAAUGAAGUUACAUCAUUGGAAACUCACACAACAACUUCUGUUACAAAUGAAGGUACAUCAUUAGAAACACCCACAACUACGUCUUCUGUUAAAAAUGAAGUUACAUCAUUAGAAACACCCACAACUACGUCUUCUGUUACAAAUGAAGUUACAUCAUUAGAAACACCCACAACUACGUCUUCUGUUACAAAUGAAGGUACAGCAUUAGAAACACCGACAGCUACGUCUUCUGUUACAAAUGAAGGCACAUCAUUAGAAACACCGACAACUACGUCUUCUGUUACAAAUGAAGGCACAUCAUUAGAAACACCGACAACUACGUCUUCUAUUACAAAUGAAGUUACAUCAUUAGAAACACCGACAACUACGUCUUCUGUUACAAAUGAAGUUACAUCAUUGGAAACACACACAACAACUUCUGUUACAAAUGAAGGUACAUCAUUAGAAGCACCGACAACUACGUCUUCUAUUACACAUGAAGUUACAUCAUUAGAAACACCGACAACUACGUCUUCUGUUACAAAUGAAGGCACAUCAUUAGAAAAACCGACAACUACGUCUUCUAUUACACAUGACGUUACAUCAUUAAAAACACCGACAACUACGUCUUCUGUUACAAAUGAAGUUACAUCAUUGGAAACACACACAACAACUUCUGUUACAAAUGAAGGUACAUCAUUAGAAACACCGACAACUACGUCUUCUAUUACACAUGAAGUAACAUCAUUAGAAGCACCGACAACUACGUCUUCUGUUACAAAUGAAGGUAUAUCAUUAGAAAUACCGACAACUAUGUCUUCUAUUACACAUGACGUUACAUCAUUAGAAACACCGACAACUACGUCUUCUAUAACACAUGACGUUACAUCAUUAAAAACACCGACAACUACGUCUUCUAUUACACAUGAAGUAACAUCAUUAGAAGCACCGACAACUACGUCUUCUGUUACAAAUGAAGUUACAUCAUUAGAAACACCGACAACUACGUCUUCUAUUACACAUGAAGUUACAUCAUUAGAAACACCGACAACUACGUCUUCUGUUACAAAUGAAGGCACAUCAUUAGAAACACCGACAACUACGUCUUCUAUUACACAUGACGUUACAUCAUUAAAAACACCGACAACUACGUCUUCUAUUACACAUGACGUUACAUCAUUAAAAACACCGACAACUACGUCUUCUGUUACAAAUGAAGGCACAUCAUUAGAAACACCGACAACUACGUCUUCUUUUACACAUGAAGUUACAUCAUUAGAAACACCCACAACUACGUCUUCUGUUACAAAUGAAGUUACAUCAUUAGAAACACCCACAACUACGUCUUCUGUUACAAAUGAAGGUACAGCAUUAGAAACACCGACAGCUACGUCUUCUGUUACAAAUGAAGGCACAUCAUUAGAAACACCGACAACUACGUCUUCUGUUACAAACGAAGUUACAUCAUUAGAAACACCGACAACUACGUCUUCUGUUACAAAUGAAGUUACAUCAUUGGAAACACACACAACAACUUCUGUUACAAAUGAAGGUACAUCAUUAGAAGCACCGACAACUACGUCUUCUAUUACACAUGAAGUUACAUCAUUAGAAACACCGACAACUACGUCUUCUGUUACAAAUGAAGGCACAUCAUUAGAAACACCGACAACUACGUCUUCUAUUACACAUGACGUUACAUCAUUAAAAACACCGACAACUACGUCUUCUGUUACAAAUGAAGGUAUAUCAUUAGAAACACCGACAACUAUGUCUUCUAUUACACAUGACGUUACAUCAUUAGAAACACCGACAACUACGUCUUCUAUAACACAUGACGUUACAUCAUUAAAAACACCGACAACUACGUCUUCUAUUACACAUGAAGUAACAUCAUUAGAAGCACCGACAACUACGUCUUCUGUUACAAAUGAAGUUACAUCAUUAGAAACACCGACAACUACGUCUUCUGUUACAAAUGAAGGUAUAUCAUUAGAAACACCGACAACUAUGUCUUCUAUUACACAUGACGUUACAUCAUUAGAAACACCGACAACUACGUCUUCUAUAACACAUGUUGUUACAUCAUUAAAAACACCGACAACUACGUCUUCUAUUACACAUGAAGUAACAUCAUUAGAAGCACCGACAACUACGUCUUCUGUUACAAAUGAAGUUACAUCAUUAGAAACACCGACAACUACGUCUUCUAUUACACAUGAAGUUACAUCAUUAGAAACACCGACAACUACGUCUUCUGUUACAAAUGAAGGCACAUCAUUAGAAACACCGACAACUACGUCUUCUAUUACACAUGACGUUACAUCAUUAAAAACACCGACAACUACGUCUUCUAUUACACAUGACGUUACAUCAUUAAAAACACCGACAACAACGUCUUCUGUUACAAAUGAAGGCACAUCAUUAGAAACACCGACAACUACGUCUUCUGUUACAAAUGAAGGUACAUCACAUACAACGUCAUCCGCUGUAACACCAACAUUAACAGAAUCUGUUACACCAGUUACUUACUCGACUACGAAAUAUGUUACAAAUGAUGGUAUAUCGUUAGAAACACAUACGACUAUGUCACAUAAAACACAUACAACGUCAUCCGCUGUUACACCAACAUUAACAGCAUCUGUCACACCAGUAACUUCUACAGACACAUCAUCUGUAACUAAUUCGACUACGGAAUCUGUUACAAAUGAUGGUACAUCGUUAGAAACACAUACGACUACGUCACCUAAAACACAUACAACGUCAUCCGCUGUAACACCAACAUUAACAGCAUCUGUCACACCAGUAACUUUUACAGGCACAUCAUCUGUAACUUAUUCGACUACGGAAUCUGUUACAAAUGAUGGUACAUCGUUAGAAACACAUACGACUACGUCACCUAAAACACAAACAACGUCAUCCGCUGUAGCACCAACAUUAACGGCAUCUGUUACACCAGUAACUUACUCGACUACGAAAUAUGUUACAAAUGAUGGAACAUCGUUAGAAACACAUACGACUACGUCACCGAAAACACGUACAACGUCAUCCGCUGUAACACCAACAUUAACGGCAUCUGUUAUACCAGUAACUCAUUCAGACACUUCAUCUGUAACUUAUUCGACUACGGAAUUUGUAACAAAUGCUGGUACAUCGUUAGAAACACAUACGACUACGUCACCUAAAACACAUACAAAGACAUCUGCUGUAACACCAACAUUAACGGCAUCUGUUACACCAGUAACUUCUACAGGCACAUCAUCUGUUAAUUAUUCGACUACGGAAUCUGUUACAAAUGAUUGUACAUCGUUAGAAACACAUACGACUAUGUCACCGAAAACACAUACAACGUCAUCCGCUGUAGCACCAACAUUAACGGCAUCUGUUACACCAGUAACUUACUCGACUACGAAAUCUGUUACAAAUGAUGGAACAUCGUUAGAAACACAUACGACUACGUCACCGAAAACACAUACAACAUCAUCCUCUGUUAUAUCAACAUUAACGGCAUCUGUCACAUCAGUAACUUCUACAGGCACAUCAUCUGUAAAUUAUUCGACAACGGAAUCUGUUACAAAUGAUGGUACAUCGUUAGAAACACAUACGACUACGUCACAUAAAACACAUACAACGUCAUCCGCUAUAACACCAACAUUAACGGCAUCUGUCACACCAGUAACUUCCACAGACACAUCAUCUGUAACUUUUAAGACUACGGAAUAUAUUACAAAUGAUGGUACAUCGUUAGAAACACAUACGACUACGUCACCUCAAACACAUACAACGUCAUCCGCUGUAACACCAACACUAACGGCAUCUGUUACACCAGUAACUUCUACAGGCACAUCAUCUGUAAAUUAUUCGACUACGGAAUCUGUUACAAAUGAUGGUACAUCGUUAGAAACACAUACGACUACGUCACAUAAAACACAUACAACGUCAUCCGCUGUAGCACCAACAUUAACGGCAUCUGUUACACCAGUAACUUACUCGACUACGAAAUAUGUUACAAAUGAUGGAACAUCGUUAGAAACACAUACGACUACGUCACAUAAAACACAUACAACGUCAUCCGCUGUAACACCAACAUUAACGGCAUCUGUUACACCAGUAACUUCUACAGGCACAUCAUCUGUAAAUAAUUCGACUACGGAAUCUGUUACAAAUGAUGGUACAUCGUUAGAAACACAUACGACUACGUCACAUAAAACACAUACAACGUCAUCCUCUGUAACACCAACAUUAACGGCAUCUGUCACACCAGUAACUUCCACAGACACAUCAUCUGUAACUUUUAAGACUACGGAAUAUAUUACAAAUGAUGGUACAUCGUUAGAAACACAUACGAGUACGUCACCUCAAACACAUACAACGUCAUCCGCUGUAGCACCAACACUAACGGCAUCUGUUACACCAGUAACUUCUACAGGCACAUCAUCUGUAAAUUAUUCGACUACGGAAUCUGUAACAAAUGAUGGUACAUCAGUAGGAAUAUCUCUAUCUACUUCCUCUAUUACCCACACAGCACCGUCCAAAACUGCAACAACUGUUAAGCCUACUUUUCCUACAUCACCAGUUAUACCGACAACAACUGAUCCCGAACCAUCUACUAAACCCCCAGAUACAAGUGUACAAGUAGAGGUGGAAAUUAAUAUAUUCUUGCAAGGGACUUUUCCAGGAUCGCUAAAUGAUUCUACAUCAAGCGAUUUCAUAACGAUGAAAAUUAAACUUACUCCUCCGUUGUUCAACCAGUAUAGUAGUAUAUUAGGAUUUGUAGACGUAAACAUAUACAGAUUUACUUUAGAAGUUGGAUACAAAGUAAAAGUUGAACCAUUCACCCAUGAUUUCGGUAAUCAAACAUUUUUAGACAUAGCUGAAGAGACAAAACAAAUACUUAUCAAUGGGACAUUUGAGGAUUUUACUAUAACUGGAGAAAACGUAACGGAAAGUAGAAUGGAAUCAGAAAUAAAGAAACAAAGCAGUACUGACAAACGGGAUGAAUUAUUGUGUGGUAUUGGGUAUUACUUAAAAACUAAUACGUGCAUAUCAAACUGCUAUGGAGUUGAAUGUGAACAUGAUGGGCACUGUUUUAUUGACAACAAAGGUCAAGCAUUGUGUCGAUGCUCACAGAUUGGAGACUUCAUCAUUUCUGGAUCGAAAUGUGAAAUUCAAACAGAAAAGCUGGCUUUGGAGUCUAAGUAUAUAAUUGCUAUAACUGCUACUAUCGGUACAGUCCUUAGUAUUAUUUAUACGAAUACUGACUAUAUGAUUAAUGAAGGUGAAGUGUUGAUGUCUCCGUGGUAUCAAAGUACAGAAAUGUUUAAUGGAAAAGAGUUCACAAUUAAAAGACCAAGGAUCAUUCUAAACCGAACAUCCAUGUAUGAAUGCUAG